AAUCUCUUCGUUACUCUACGUAUGCAUAUCGGGCUACACUGGCGGACGUUGGCAACAGAGCCUCAGUUUGCUUGGCACAAUUUGUACUUAGCGGUUAGCCGUUCAGUGGCUCUGGCGCAUCGGCUGGCGCAUUGGCCACGUGGGAUUCAAUUUGAAGUAAACAGUGCAUCAUCUUGCUUCCCCACCAAUGAGGUGCUUCUGCUCACUUGCCACGGCUCUGUUAUGUAUCUUCAUGUGUUAGCCACCACUGCGCCACUGGCUCACCCUCCACUUCUCUCGAUCUCCCAGGCUCCCGCCUCACAGGAUGAUGCGGAAGAAUCCUCUUGCCUUGAUAACGACUUUCAGCUCCAUGCUUUUAUUACCCAGUUACUCAAACCCGCACGACUGGCACCUGCAUCAGCGAGACUUUCUUAUCCCGUUUUACCUAAAGGACGAGGUAGAUAG